AUGAGUUGUUUUUCCUUCUUACGUAGAGGGGUGAACUCAUCAAGAAAACCCGUUUCUGAUGUUGAUAAAGAACUCUCUGGCAUUUCUGAUGUUAAACUAUACACUUACAAAGAGAUGAAAAUCGCAACUGAAGAUUUUAGUCCAGCCAAUAAGAUCGGGGAAGGUGGUUUUGGUUCUGUCUAUAAGGGACAACUUAAAGAUGGAAAAAUGGCUGCUAUUAAAGUUCUUUCAGCUGAAUCAAAACAAGGGGUGAAGGAGUUUUUGACAGAGAUUGACGUGAUCUCAAAAAUAGAGCAUGAAAAUCUAGUUAAGCUCUACGGCUGUUGUGUUGAAGAAAACCAAAGAAUUUUGGUCUACAACUACCUUGAGAAUAAUAGUCUUGCCCAAACUCUUAUUGGUGGGGGUCACAGUAAUAUCCAGUUCAGUUGGCGAACUCGGCGUGAAAUAUGCAUCGGGAUUGCAUGUGGUCUUGCCUUCCUUCAUGAGGAAGUACGUCCACAUAUUAUUCACAGGGAUAUCAAAGCAAGCAAUAUUCUCCUAGAUAGAGACCUAAUGCCUAAAAUUUCAGAUUUUGGUCUUGCAAAGCUUAUUCCACCCAACAUGACCCAUGUUAGCACCCGUGUGGCAGGAACAAUAGGUUAUUUGGCACCAGAGUAUGCAAUACGAGGGCAAUUGACAAGGAAAGCAGAUAUUUAUAGCUUUGGGGUGCUCCUUGUGGAAAUAGUCAGUGGAAGAUGUAAUACAAAUACACGACUACCAAUUGACGAACAGUAUCUGCUUGAAAGGACAUGGCAAGUCUACGAGCGGAGAGAGCUUGUUGGACUGGUAGACACAUCAUUGAACGGUGAUUUUGAUGCCGAGGAAGCUUGUAGGUUUUUAAAGAUUGGCCUCCUCUGCACCCAAGACACUCCGAAGCUCAGGCCGUCCAUGUCAUCCGUGGUCAAGAUGCUAAGAGGUGAGAAGGCUGUUGACGAUAAUAAGAUAACAAAGCCAGGGUUAAUAUCUGAUUUCAUGGAUCUCAAAGUAAGACCCCCUCAGAAUACCAAGCCUGGUGACACAAUGACUACUAUGUGUACCUAUAAUGCGUCCCCUGGUUCAGACAGCCAGGACAAUUCAACCUUGUCAUUAGAAACCUCAGCUGCUGCUACUUCCACCUUCAUUUCAACCAUGUCAUCAGAAACCUCAGCUGGUAAUACUAUGAGCUUCACCUUCGGCACCGUAUGA